UGCUUCCCCAUUUGGCCUCAAGGACAGAGGCUCCGCGCUCAUGUAGUUGAAGUUGAAACCCCCAACACCAUCUUCUUCUUCGUCUUCUGUAAGGAGCCAAGGACACUGCCGUCUAUGGCUUGCAGUCGUCGGCGCCGCCGGCGAAGAGAAGAUGGAGCUGUCGAGCGGGAGGUGGCGACCGGCCCUCGUCCUCGUCUUGGGAGACGUAGCUUCUUCAAGAUUAUACUCUCCGACGCCCUUGCAUCUGGAAAGCUUGGGAUUCCAAAGAGCUUCUUGAGAAGAUGUGGAAAGGAUCUCUCAAACUCGGUGCUUCUCAAGGUUCCGGGCGGUUCAGCCUGGACUGUAGAGCUAGAAAAGUGUAACAAUGACAUGGUUACGUUGUGGAAAGGGUGGCGGGAAUUCAUGGAACAUUACUCCAUUGGCCAUGGUCACCUCCUAAUUUUCAAAUAUAAAGGGAACUCCACUUUUCGCGUGAUAAUAUUCAAUAAGAGUGCUUCAGAGAUAGACUAUUCCUCGAGCAGUGGCAAAACAUCAUACCUUGGGCGUGAACUUCCCUCACCAGAAACAGAAGAUGUCGUAGAAACAGAACAUCUGGAGGAUGUCGCAGCCCAUCAAAGAGUGAGGAUUGAACCGCAUUUACUUUAUUCUCGGCUAAGUCCGGGCUACUCAACGCGAGGAUCCGAAGUUCCCAUUGGUACUGACCCUGAAGGACCAAAUCUGUCUCAAGCUCAAGCUGGCCAGACAGAUAUGAAUAAACAGCCUACAUGCAGAAUGAGUCAUUCUGAGCUGGUUUUUCAUGGUCCUACACUUCCAAGGCCUCUCACUACUCCUGGAUUAGUCGGCAAACUUGAUUCUGAGCAUCCCUUUUUCAAAAUGGCAAUCCAGCGAUCUUAUACAAAUCGACUGUAUAUUCCAGGUGAAUUCUUCAUGCAGCAUAUUCAGGAAAAGCAAAGAGCAACUCUUAGGUAUGCCAACAGAUCAUGGUCAGUGAGGCUCAUCAGGGGCAGCAGACGAGUCGGAGGGGCUCCGUAUCUGUCCUUUUCUGCUGGUUGGAGUGCAUUUGCAAGAGAAACUCAUCUGCACGUAGGAAAUGUCUGUGUGUUCAAGCUACUUGAUAGGAAUGAUAUUGUUUUUGAAGUCUCCAUUUUGAGGGGUGGGCUGGAUUUUCAUGGUCCUACACUAUCAAAGCCUGUCAAGUCUUCCGGUUUAGCUAGCAAAAUUGAUUCGGAGCAUCCCUUUUUCCUACUGGUGAUCCCACGAUGUUAUAUCAAUUCCCCACGUGUUCCGGUUGGAUUUGCCAAGAAACAUCUUCAGGAAAACAAACAAAUGGCGACUCUUCGGUAUUUGGACAGUUUGUGGCCAGUGAAGAUCUCCAGGAGCCCCGGAUGGGCCAGAGGAACCAUGUAUCUGGCGCUCUCUACCGGUUGGCGUGCAUUCGCAAGGGAAACUCAUCUUCGUGCAGGAUAUGUCUGCGUGUUUGAGCUCAUCGACAGGGACGAAACCGUGUUCAAAGUCUCCAUUUUGAGUGGUGCUGAUAGUGAUGCGAUUCAUGUUGAUUGAGAUGAACAUCAGAAGCAUUACCUUAGGCCAUUUCAGCAUCAAUAUGAACGCAGGAGUCCUAAUAAUGCCUCCUU